GGAGGAUCUGCAGUGGGGACCAUUUCCAGAUUUGCCAAUUAUCUUUUGGUGUCAAACUGAAAUCCAAACCAGAGGUCUGAACCAACAGUCAUGCUUGUAAAUGCAAUACUGACUGUCAUAGCACUUCAGUUGCUGUGUCCUCAGUAUGGUGUUCUCUCUCUGCGUAUUGGAGCUUUCAAUGUGCAAGUCUUUGGCCAGACGAAAUUUGGGAAGCAGCAUGUUGUCUCUACAUUGAGCCAGAUUGUUAGGAGGUACGAUAUCAUCCUUGUACAAGAGAUCCGAGAUUCAUCAGAAAGUGUGAUUUAUUCUUUCUUGGACAUUGUUAAUAGUGAAUGUCCACCUCAUGUGAAAUACAACCUUGUUGUAAGUGAGAGAUUAGGACGAUCUGCCAGCAAAGAGCAGUAUGCUUUCCUAUACAGAUUGGAUAAAAUUGAAGAACCGGAGGUAUAUCAGUAUGAAGAUGCUUUGGAUCAUUUUGAGAGAGAGCCAUAUGGCAUAUUUGUGCAACCAAAAGAAAUAGGAUGUCCACCGUUUUUUAUACUUGGAAUUCACGUAAAACCAAGCGAGGUGGUUCAAGAAAUGAACCAGCUUGACGAGGUGUUUCUUCAAGCUGCUCAAACAUUUAAAACUGAAAAUGGAAUAAUCCUUGGUGAUUUCAAUGCUGGCUGCUCCUACCUCUCAUACUCGGAAUACAUGUCCCUGGAUCUGAUGACUGACACGAGGUAUUCUUGGCUGAUUGACAUCCAUGAAGACACAACAACUACUGACAGUGACUGUGCGUAUGAUAGAAUUGUUGUGUCAGGAGAAAUCAGAAAUUACAUUCCUAACCAGAAUAUUGGAGUGUUUAGAUUUGAUGUGGAGUAUGCCCUGUCCUUAGAAGAGAGUCAGGAAGUUAGUGAUCAUUUCCCAGUCGAAUUCGAGGUUGGAGGCACCUACAUUUCUAAGCAGUGGGAUCCAGUAUCACUGGAAUGUGAUCUUGAAGCUACUGCCCCUGGUCUAAGAGUUGGUGCUUUCAAUGUUAGGAUUUUCGGAGUCACAAAAUUCAGUGAGGCUGAUGUUGUGGAAAUUUUGCGUCUGAUUACCCAUCGCUAUGAUGUACUUCUUAUUCAAGAAAUUCGCGACUCCUCUGAAGAAGUUAUCUAUUCUUUUCUGGACGUCGUUAACAGCGACUCCGAGGUGAAAUAUAGAAUGGCUGUCAGUGACCGCUUGGGACGAUCAACCAGCAAAGAGCAGUACGCCUUUUUGUACAGAGAUGACAAGGUGGAGCUGUUGAGUUUAUAUCAAGAAGAAGAUAUUGAAGAUGUGUUUGAAAGAGAACCAUUCUGUGCUUUCUUUAGAAGCAGAGAAAUCAAUGUCCCAGACUUUUUCUUGGUUGGUAUCCACACAAAGCCCAGUGAAGCAGUUGAAGAGAUAAACCACUUGGACGAUGUUUUUAAGAGGGCUUCUUCAGAAUUUCAAACUGACAAUGGAAUAAUUCUCGGUGACUUCAAUGCCGACUGCUCUUACGUUUCCCCUGGAGAACAUAGUUCAUUGGACCUGGUGAAAGAUGUAAGCUUCACUUGGUUGAUUGACAGAAAAGCGGAUACAACCACAACUGAUACUCUCUGUUCAUAUGACAGAAUUGUCGUAGGUGGUGGUGACCUGAUGAAGUACAUUCCCAAAUGGAGUGCCAAAGUAUUCAGGUUUGACAUAGAGUAUGCUCUGUCCAAGGAAGAAACUCAGAAAGUCAGUGAUCAUUAUCCAGUGGAGUUCCAGUUGCUUAGUAACGAGCAGCUACGUUUUUGCAAAGAUCAAAUCCAGGUGCUCCAAAUGCAGCAACAGAGAAGAGAUGAGUUGUGACCUUCAGACAAUCUUGAACGUGCAUUCUAGUGAGAAUUAUUGACUUUACGUAGCUGUUCCUUACAUGCAGUAUGUAAUUUAGUUGAAAGAUAAAAUUUAAAGUUAAAGUACAUGUAUACAUACGUAUUCAUGACAUGUACAGUUUUUGUAUUGAAUUCGAAAUAAUUAUUGACAAUCAAAA